AUUUAUGUUUCAAUUGAUUGAAGAAGAGAUCACAAGAGCUGAAGAAAAUGAGAGACUAUUACUUUUACCAUUUUUAUUCAAUGGCUUGAAAGCGAUUUUGAUUGUUUGGUGCAUUUAUUUUGAUGAAUUUGAAAAAAUUUAAUUUAAAUUUAUAUGAAAAUAAUGUUUGACAAUGAGUUAUUUUAAUACCAAUUUUACCAAACAUCCCAUCCUUUCUUUCAUUUCUUCCCCUUUACCCCCGUCCACUUCUGCGGGCUUGGUUUCCGAAUUGCGAAUGGCUGAAGAAGAAUUGUGUUUGGAAGGAACCGUGAGGGUGAUUGAGGCAUCCCUAUCUCAAAUCAAAUGGAGGCUCAAGCACUCUUCCAAGUCUCGACUUCAAGUCGAUAUUUUGGCUUUGCUCGCAGGGAUGAGGCCCUGCAUCAUGGUGGAUUAUGGUGGGAUGAUGCCUGAAUUGGGAGAUCAUCUUUGUGCAUUUCUCAAUCAUUGCAGAAAGGAAUCUUCAGCCUUUGAGCUUCUGCGUGUUAUGGUGAUAGAUGAUAUGGUCUACUUGAUUCAUGUCAAAGCAUUUGCAGAUUUUGUCAAAUCAAGCUUGUGUUUGGAGACUCCGCCGCUCUUUGUGAACCUUGAGCAUGAUCCUCCAAAGAUGGUAACAAGUUCAGAAGAAAGUCCUCCAUUAAUGCAGCUUCUUUUGGCUCAGAAAAUGUUUUCCUCAGUUUUCCUUGCAGAUAAGAUCGGUGGUCACUUGCAAAGACAUGGUGCUUACAAGGCCAUUUCCCCUACCGAUGGACAAGCUGAUUCUGUGUUAGUUGAUCUCAGUUGCCACCUUAAAGAAUGCCAGGUCACAAUCCCAACCCUUAACGGAUGGUUGCUGGGCUACCCUGUCAUUUAUUUGUUCGGAAAGGACUGCAUUCAUCGUGCUGUGUAUAAUCUCUCAACGAAGUCUCUUCACAUCUAUCAGAUUUUUGUUGACAGGAGCAACGGAAAAGGAUCUCAGAAGGAAGAACUAAUGAGUUUUACUGUGCCUUAUGAGUUGAGCUUGGAAGGAGGCAAUGAAACGUGGGCGAGAUCAUUCUACGCUCUCAUGCAGGCUCGGUUGGAGAAGUGCCGACAUAUCUGGCGAUCUGUACACAUGGAGGUCAUUAGUUCUUAUCCACAAGCAAUUGCUUUAUAACAAGUUUUCAAGUGUCACACUUUUCAGGUAAAAACAAAUGUCUUUGAUGAAUAGUAUUCCUUCCGUCCCAAAACAUUCUACAAUAUUUUUUUCUUACGUGCUUCGAACUUACCGCAAUAUUUUUAAAUUUAGAAAUAAUUAAUUACAUAUAUAUAUAAAUAUAUAUUUUACUUUA